AUCACAUUCUGUGAGUUGCGUAAGAGUAGAUCUAGCGGGCAAAUUUGACUGUAUAUAUGCAUGACUCUCAAAUAAGCCAUUAAUAUAUGGCAGCUGAAGAGUCCCCCAGGAAGCCAAGUGGCAACGAUGCCCUGGCAUUACAGCUGCUGCGGACCAACACGUGGAGCUGCUAUUAUGGACUGCCCCUGUGGGAAUUCACUUCUGCCAAACUCAAGGAGAUAAUGCGGGGCUUGUUGUCAGAACUUCCUGACAGCAAAGGGCGCAAGCCACGUCUUCUGUCACGGCCGUGCAACGUGCUCAGUGACCACGGGAGGCAGGGCGAGGAGGCAUUCUUCUGCGUGGCAAGUGCAGGCUCCCGGAAGCCUCAUGCUGCAGGGCUGGUGCACAGCAACGAGAAGGUCUCGCUGGUGUUCCUAGCAGGGUCAGUGAAUGCUCGAACUCUCUUGGCCUAUGAGCUGGGAAACAACUUUGGAGUCACCCUACUCGCUCUACAGCUGGCCCCGUGGCAGCUCUCCAUGGUCGCAGUGUGGGGCCUCUCCUUCCUCGAGCCAGAGGACCCCUCAUUGUGCUGCCUGGAACUGAACAUGGACGGCGUCAUUAUGGCCUUCAGUGCGGAGGUGCUUGGACAGCUGCCGCCACCCUCAAAGAGGGUCACGGUCGAGGACGGCCGGAAUUUCCUGCUCGCCCUCUGCAAGCACGUGUCGAAGCACGUGUUGCCACAUCGCUACCAGGAGUUGCCCCUGCGCAGUGUGCACUUCCUCAACUUGUUUUUGUUGGACCACGAGGGGACAAUGCUGGUGCACAAGACCACGCUAGUGACCAGGCUCUUCAAGUACCUCCUGCUCACCGUGGAACAAGCAGUCUUGGGCGACCCGCCCAAGACCUUUAUGCUCGAGGAUGAGUGACAGUGAUGGAGCAGCUCAUUGAGACAGCGUGGGUGGAGGAUGUUUGCAGUACAGAGAGUUCUUUGUGAAUGGCAGGGAAUUGUCACGUAUAGACUGGGACUGGCUUGCGCGAAAGCACCAGCGCGGUUUUAAUCUGCUUCUUUCACCUACUGUGUGUGUCUCUUCGCGGGCUGCCUUUGUGUCCGCCAUCUUCCCACAGCCCCAGCCAACAAUCUUACCGGACUUCUGGCCACUCGGUCUGCCAUUCUUGCCUAUGUGUGAAACGAUGCCGUUGUGUGAAUUUGGCAGUACAUGACAUGCAGUAAAUGACCUUUGGUACAUG